UGUUAUAUUAAAUAUAUGUUGUAAGUGUGUUACGUAGAUGGGUACAUCACUCACAAGUGCUAGAGAUAGUCCAACUGCGGGUACAGAAUGCUUAUGUUAGUGCAUGCCGUAAUCCGGUUAUGUUUAAUGUUCCGCCAGUAAGAACUAACCUACUUCAGCACGCUCAAGGGAGCAUAUUAUUAAUUAUUUAAUAAUAUAAUAUUAUUUAUACCGUACUGUGCAAGUUAAGGAACUCACACAGUAUAAUAAUUGUUGGAAACUCCAACAAAAAUUAAUACUAGCAUAAAAACUUUUUAUUAUAUUUUUUUAAUUUCAAAUAAAGAAUAAAUAAAAUUGUCAUAAAAAUGGAGAAUAAAAAAUUGUAUUUCUAAUUAUCUUUGGCUAUUUUAUAUAUUAAAUCCAUGUAUAUAUAUUGAGUACAAUACAAAUUUGGUCCAUUUCGAGCAUCAUAAGGCAAGAAACAGUGAAUCACAAAAAAUCUCAGUUCAAUAUACGUGGAUACAAGAAGCGCCAUUGUUUCAAGAAUACAACAUAUAUGAAAUCUAUUCUCCUCCGUGCGUUCGACAGGCGACUGCAAUUUUGUUGAAGUUUACAAGUAAAUAUUAUAUAUUUCUCCGAGUGGUAAUUACAAUUUCUUUAGUUGUCAAAUAAGAGAUUUAUAUAGACGACGGCAAGCGAUUAUCUCAGUUGACCUGCGAGAAAAAUAUACAUCGAACAGCGGCAAAUUCAUUCAUGACACGAGGUGGAAACCACGAUUAUUAUAUUCAAUAAAUACAUUUGAACAUUUUCCAUUAUAUCUACAUAUUUUAAUUUUGUGGCAAUCGUCGUGCAAUGGCCACUGAUAGUGAAACUUCACUACACGCCUCGCGAGGCUAUGUUAAAGGGGCGAUUACUCGUCUUCACAGUUUUGUUAGCAACGAGUCUGAAUUAGAAGAAAGUACCUUACAGGCCCUUACAACGCGUAAAGAAAGACUGCUCACAGCCUUCUAUGAAUAUGAAGGAUUUAAUAUGCGGAUUCUUUCAAUGCGAGCAGAUGAUGACGAGGACGUAGCAGCUGUUGAAGAUAAAUAUCUAUAUACUCUUACCGUUCUUAAUGAAGUGAUUAGCCGUAAGACUUCUAGUGUAGAGGACUCUAAAGGUCAUGUUAGUACUAUUGCACGAUCAAAAACUAAGUUGCCCGCGAUUCAAAUGUCCAUAUUUUCUGGUAAUUAUGUUGAAUAUGUAGCGUUUCAAUUAUUGUUUACUUCACUGAUUCAUAAUGACUUAACAUUAGAUAAUGUUCAGAAGUUGUAUUAUCUUAGGUCUUAUUUAAAAAACGAACCAUAUGAUCUUAUUAAGAACUUACCAUUAACAGCCAGUAGCUAUGAUCAAGCUAGACAAUUAAUGGAGGAAAGAUAUAACAAUAGAUAUCGUAUUGUAAAUGAACAUAUCGGUCAAUUACUAGACUUACCUGCGUUUGUCAAAUCAACCCCUGAAAACAUUCGAAAUUUUGUAGCGAGUCUUAAGCAGACUUUGGCUGCUCUGCAAAAUUUAGAUGUGAAGGUUGAAACUUGGGAUCCAAUAAUUGUUUGUAUUCUUAAUCGUAAGUUAGAUACAUACACGGCUCGGUCGUAUCAAAUGGAAAGAGAUACUGCCGAGGAACACAGCGUUAAGUACUUCAUCGAGUAUCUUGAGAGGAGGGCACUUGCAUUGGAGAACGCUGCGCCGUCAACUGCGAUGCCAUCUACAAAAGCCAAGGGUUUAUCAAUCAACGUAGCGUCUGCUGGUGAGAAGGCGGUGACGUGUCAUUACUGUAAGUCCAACAAUCAUAAAUUAUUUUCCCGUGUUCUGUGGAACGCUAUAAAUUCUGUAAAGAUAAUAAAUUAUGUCUGAUUUGUUUGAAUAAGCACAAUGGAAAAUGCAAAUUUCAUUUCAAAUGCGAUCAGUGCAAAAAGGCACACAAUUCACUAGUUCAUCAUGACGAAUGUGACGAAGGUCCUGAUUCCUUAUUAUCCAAGGGCCACGAUUCUAAGGUUUUGCUUCCCACAGUACAAGUGAAAUUAUUCACAAAGGAUAAAAAGACGAUAAUAGUGAAGGCGAUUUUAGAUACAGGUUCACAAGCCUCCCUCGCUACGAGCAAGUUAAUCCAGCAAUUGGAUUUAACUCCAACACCCAACAAUACAAAUAUAAUAGGUGUAGGCAAUGUUCAGAAUAAUACAAGAUAUUGUAUUCCAUUAAACAUACAUUCUGUGAAUUCUUCUUUUAAUAUGACUGUCAAUUUUUAUGUGGUCGAAAAAAUUACCUGCAAGCAUCCACAAACAAAACUUGAUAUUCGGCAAUUGAAGUUACCUCCCAAUAUAGUGUUGGCAGAUGAUCAAUUUGAUGUUCCAUCUGAAAUAAAUCUCUUAAUGGGUGCUGACAUAUUUUUCCAUGUGAUAAUGCCCAAUGUGCCUGAGCGACCGCGGUCUCGAAAUCUGCACCGGCCGCUACCUAGUCAAGAUGACAUUACGCCCUGCAUUAUCAAUACACGCUUUGGACAUAUUAUUGGUGGUUCAAUGCUUGAAUAUCAGCAAGCUUCAAAACAAGUAACAUCGCUAUUAUGUAUUAAAUGCGAUCCUAAAAUCAAUGAUAAUAUCAAAUUAUUUUGGGAAGCUGAGAGUGUACCACAAACCUUUUCUGAGAAUCAAAGUGAACAAGAGUUAGCUGAAACUAUCUUUCAGAAUUCUUUAGAAUUGAUUGAUAAUAGAUUCGAGGUGAAUUUACCUCUUAAAGUCGAGGAUAAUGAAAUUCAUAAUUACUUGGGCAAUUCUUUUGUUUUAGCUUGGCAUCGAUUUUUAAGUUUGGAAAGGCGUUUACAAAAGAAUAUUAAUCUAUUGUCAGAGUAUAACAAAUUUAUUCAUGAAUAUGUAGAGCUAGGUUAUGGCGAUUUUAUUAACUUUGAUUUCUAUGAUUUUGACA